UGAUUUUGACAGCUGCUGCCGCCGGCAUGUAAAUAAAUAAACAAUGCUAGCAAAUACAUUGCAACUGUUGGCCGUUGGUCUGUUGUGGGGCGUGACAAACCCCUUUAUACGACUGGGCAGCCAGGGUAUUGAGUGUGUGAAGGACACGGGCUCCAGAUAUAGAAAUUUUAUUGCUGAGCUGCGUAUGAUUGGAUCGCGACUGAAUUAUUGGAUACCUUUUGGACUGAAUCAGUGCGGUAGUUUGCUAUAUGUUUGGACACUGCAAAGCGCAAAUAUAACUAUAGCUGUACCCGUAGCUAACUCGCUGAGCUUUGUUUUUACAGCCAUUACCGGAUAUCUCCUAGGCGAACAAAUACCUGGCAAAAAAAUAAUCAUUGGAACGCUUCUCAUUUGUUGCGGCAGCACACUCAUGAUAUGUGAUAAACUGCAGCAUGAACAACAAAUCAUGAAUAUUCCAUUCAAUGAAUAAUUCCAUCUGUAUUAAAUUAGAUUUUAGAUAAGAUAUAUAUGCACUAUUAAUGGUAUUCCCAAUUGCUUUGGAACUGCUAUUUUUGUUAUCAUUGUUAAUUAAAAUUUGCUAAAAUUUGAAUUCAGA